CGUGCCUCUGGGCGUGUCGGUUGAACUGUUGACAGUUGGGAUUGUUCGGGCUGGUUAUGGAAAACUCUGGAAGUUUCUGCGCCGCGUAUAAAGAAAAUCUCCGGGGCACAGCGCUCUGAGCUGGGACGGAGGACGCAGCGAGGACGUGCUACUGAACUGCUUGUGUCUUCUGAACUGUUUUUUUUUUUUACUAAAGAGGCCGCUGGAUGGUCAAAAUGGGUAAAGACUACUACGACAUUUUGGGAAUUAAGAGAGGAGCGUCGGAGGACGAUAUAAAGAAAGCGUAUCGUAAGCAGGCUCUGCGUUAUCACCCCGAUAAAAACAAGUCAGCGGGAGCCGAGGAGAAAUUCAAAGAGAUCGCUGAAGCUUACGACGUUUUGAGCGACCCAAAGAAAAAGGACAUAUACGACCGUUAUGGUGAAGAAGGUCUGAAAGGCGGAGGACCCACAGGCGGAGGUGGUGGCAGUGGCCCUGGCACCUUCAGCUACACCUUCCAGGGCGACCCUCAUGCCAUCUUCGAAGAAUUCUUUGGUGGACGUAACCCCUUCGGGCAGUUCUUUGGUGCCCGCAAUGGAGGCAUGGAUGAGGACAUGGACACUGACGACCCUUUUGCCCGCUUUGGGAUGGGGGCCCCUGGAAUGGGUGGAUUCCCUCGCUCUUUCAACUCUGGCAUGGGAGGAAUGGGCAGUCACAGCAGUGUAGUCAAGAAACAACAGGACCCCCCUGUGGUUCAUGAUCUCAUGGUGACCCUGGAGGAAGUUCUGUCAGGUUGCACAAAGAGAAUGAAGAUCUCUCGUAAAAGGCUGAACCCUGACAGGCAAUCGUUACGGACAGAAGAUAAAAUCCUGGAGGUGCAGAUAAAGAAGGGGUGGAAAGAGGGCACGAAAAUCACGUUUCCAAAAGAGGGGGACCAGACUCCCACAAACAUUCCAGCUGACGUGGUCUUUGUGUUGAAGGACAAGCCCCAUUCGGUAUUCAAACGGGACGGCUCUGACAUAAUUUACCCAGCAAGGAUCUCACUCAGAGAUGCCUUGUGUGGCUCCACAGUCCACGCGCCCACCCUGGAAGGAAAAACGGUGACCGUCUCAUCAACAGAUAUCGUGCAGCCCGGGAUGAAGCGACGCAUUAGUGGUGAGGGGCUGCCUUAUCCAAAACGGCCCGAUCGUCGAGGUGACCUAAUAGUGGAGUACGAGGUCAGGUUCCCAGACAGGCUCAGCCAGAGUGCCCGGGACACCAUCGCUCAGGUCCUCCCACGAUCUUAAACAAGACCAGCUGACCUCCAGGACUUUACAAAUAUCACACUAAGCUGCCAACUACUAGGGCUGGGCGAUAUGGACCAAAAGGCAUAUCUCGAUAUUCUUUAGCUGAAUGGCGAUACUCGAUAUAUAUUGAUAUUUUUUCCGUGGCGAGAUAAUUUCAUAGGUCUAUUAUAAAUGGCCCGCCUGUAAAUCGCACUCCCACCACACACACCUGUGCACCACCUCUAACCUUGCUAUAUAUUUACCCUAUAUAUAUAUAGAUUUUUUUUUCCCCAAAAAAGCAACUAGCGACAAAUGUAGCGACUUUUUCUGGAGUUAUUGGAGACUCUGACAUGACAACAUCAACGAGCAGCGGGAGACCUGGACAGAGGGAGAGGAGAAAUAAAAGUGAACUGGCAGUUUAUGGGAAGAAAUGUAUAGUAUUUUAAUGCAAAAUAAACUGUAUCGAUAUAAACGAUAUGGUCUCGUGCUAUAUCGCAUUUGAAAAUAUAUCAAUAUAGAUCAAAAUAUUGAUAUAUCGCCCAGCCCUACCAACUACUACUUGUCAAUCAUCACGUAGACAUUCAUGUGGAGUUAUAAGUCACACCAGACAAUAAAGGACAGACUCAUGGGCUGGGAUUGUCAACGAUAGUAUUAAAAGCAACUUGGUAAAGUGCUAAACGAAUGACUGUAGCAUUUCCAAGGCGAGAAUGUAAAUAUGACUUCCAUUGUUUGGUGUUUGGUUUACUAAAGUUAUAUUUUGAUGAAACAAAAAUGUAUUAUAAGAACACAUAUGUGCACUAUUCUGUGGGAACUAUUGUCGGUAAUAAAGGUUCUCUGAGAAAGAGGUUUCCUUUUUGCAUGAAAAUGUUCAUUGAAUUGUUUACAUAGUUAAGACAGAGCACUUAUUAAGUAGUUGCUGAUGGAGAGAUCUACACUUCUAGGAUAUAAAGAAAGAUUUUAUAUGUUGCUUUGAAUGCUUUUACAUCCAAAUGAGAAAUCGUUGGAUAAGUGAUGCAACAAAGCAAUCAUUAUGGAAAGAGCAAUGAACAAGUGAAAAUCUGGUGCUAUAAACUUUAACCGAGUGGCCUUACAGUUUGUGUUUCAGACAGUGAGACACGAGAGAGUCAGCGAGCCUCUGAAAACAGAGGCGAAAGCGCUUUUUUUUUAGUGACCUUGCCUUUAAAGCGACCUUCUAGAAGCACGUAAAGAAGCUUUGGCAAAAGUUCAAUAUGUUUUUUUCUGUUAUGCUGUGCCUCUAUUCCUCUAUGGGAGAAUUCCUGGCUAUUCAUCAUUUAUGUGGACACAAGAUCAAAUUCCUUCACAUUCACAAAUUGAUGUCACUGUAUCUGACCAAUGACAGGACCUGCUUGCUUCUUUUUUUGUUGCUACAAUAAAAAACUGUUUUACACCUCUGA